AUGGCGGCUGAUCUUCGAGAAAUUGUUAUCGAUUUGAGAGGAAAUACUGAAAAUACGGAAAGGGAGAAAAAGUUUUGGAAUGUAAACGAGGUGGAAAUAAAUCUACUUUCGAGCGGGAGUGGAAUAAAGGCGAUCAGGAGAGCGAGACGCCGACCGAAUUACGGCAUGGGAAACAUGAAUAGUGGACUGGAGGAAAUAUGUGGGAACAAGCUUGAGCUGACCGGCCCGUUAAUUGACAGUUACCUUUUGGAGAUCGGUAAUCAAGUAUCUGCGAAGUUAACUCGAUCAAAGGCAACAUCUCUGGCUAGCCCUGUUAUCCUUUUUGUACCUUGGCCUGUAUUUCGCCUCAUUACAGUGCUGUUUAGAGGAUACGGCGCUGAAGUGACCUUCGAUAAUCGAAAAUCGAAGGUGAUCUCUACGUUCAACCUUCUUGAAACGGCGGAAAAGAUAUUUUCUCCGGCUCGUUUUGAAGGACAAGAUGUCCUAAGGAAGCGACAUUUCAGUCGCCAACCUGACAAUAACGGUACAAUGAGAUCUGUUUACAAAGGCAGAUCGGCUGUGGCUAUUUCCCAAACAACUCCUUUUUGUUUUGAUUAUAAUCUUAAAAAUCAAAAGGUCACUGUCACAUUCUACAUUCAGCGGUACACNUCGAAAAUAUUUCGUAAGAAAUUUUAAGUGUCUUCGAAAAUGCACAAGUCAUCACGAUGGUCAGUUGCUAAGGAAAAUGCUCCCGUUUGUGCGGGCGCAAAAUCGUCAGCGGUAAUUACCAUUGUCGAACUCUGCCUAAGAAGCAGUAAAAAACAUGGCGGCUGAUCUUCGAGAAAUUGUUAUCGAUUUGAGAGGAAAUACUGAAAAUACGGAAAGGGAGAAAAAGUUUUGAAAUGUAAACGAGGUGGAAAUAAAUCUACUUUCGAGCGGGAGUGGAAUAAAGGCGAUCAGGAGAGCGAGACGCCGACCGAAUUACGGCAUGGGAAACAUGAAUAGUGGACUGGAGGAAAUAUGUGGGAACAAGCUUGAGCUGACCGGCCCGUUAAUUGACAGUUACCUUUUGGAGAUCGGUAAUCAAGUAUCUGCGAAGUUAACUCGAUCAAAGGCAACAUCUCUGGCUAGCCCUGUUAUCCUUUUUGUACCUUGGCCUGUAUUUCGCCUCAUUACAGUGCUGUUUAGAGGAUACGGCGCUGAAGUGACCUUCGAUAAUCGAAAAUCGAAGGUGAUCUCUACGUUCAACCUUCUUGAAACGGCGGAAAAGAUAUUUUCUCCGGCUCGUUUUGAAGGACAAGAUGUCCUAAGGAAGCGACAUUUCAGUCGCCAACCUGACAAUAACGGUACAAUGAGAUCUGUUUACAAAGGCAGAUCGGCUGUGGCUAUUUCCCAAACAACUCCUUUUUGUUUUGAUUAUAAUCUUAAAAAUCAAAAGGUCACUGUCACAUUCUACAUUCAGCGGUACACAGCACAGGACUUUGUGAUUGACUCUAGCCUACAAAGUCUUAUGAGUCAGUGA